UCGCCACCUACGUGCAACUCACAAGGCGCCAGCUACAAGCAUCUCACAAGUCGCCACCUACGUGCAACUCACAAGGCGCCAUCUACAAGCCUCGAGCACACCAGCUAUAAGCAACUCUACAGGCGUCCAGCCUACAAGCCUCGAGCACACCAGCUACAAGCCUACAGGCUCUACAGCCUACAAGCCUCGAGCACACCAGCUUCAAGCAACUCUACAGGCGUCAAGCCUACAAGCCCCGAGCACACCCACAGGCCUCCGCAGCCGAUAGCGAGGGCCACAAUCUACAAGCCGCUCCCCCGCUUCAAGCCAGCACUGCUACGUACCCUGCAAGCCACUCCACGAUACGGCAGAGGUAUUCACACCUGCAACGAGGAGGCACGCCCCGCUGACCUUGGGACACCCCGCGUGCCCCUCGCUCCACAGCUGGCGGCACCACCGCCGCUGCCGGGAGCAUCGGCCCAAACCUCUUCCGGCAAACAGUCAGCAAGGGUACCCGCGGACAUCUCCCGGUGACUGCAAGCUGUUCCCACUACCGUUUCUUGCAAGGCGUCUUCUCAAGAGGUUACACACCCAAGUCGUCUUCUCUGCCACAGCCGCCCAUCUCUUACUAUAACAAGGACGACGCGGCUAUCAUACGUCUGGCGGCAGUGUACCGGUCCCGCACCGCGGCCGCUCAUUUUGCUGGGUCAGCAGUUUUUCAACCUCCAUUGCGAGUCCUCCGAUGUCAGCCCAUCCCUCACCUCUCACCGCCGCUGUGGCCGCGGCCGAGGUUUCCUGACGCGCCUACAACGACUGCACGUCACCCAGGGCAUCACAAGCCGUCGCCCUCUCCACUACAUCAGCUGAUUAAUCUUGCCAAGGAGGAGCUGAUGGAGAUCAACGCCGGGGGUCGGGGCGGCGUGCAGCUGGUGACGGACAAGAACUCGGGCACCAGCUGGCUCCUGGUCACCCACGCCACCUGGAGGGACGCCGGGAACUACACGUGCGCGCCCGUGCACGCCACGCCCGCCUCGGUGUCCGUCCACGUGCUCGACGAGGCUCCAGCCGAGCUCCAAAACGACCCCCAGCCGAGCCGGGCCCAGACAUCCACCCAAGGAACGCCAGGCCUCCCGCUGCUCCUGCUGGGGCUUCACCGUCUGCUGGGACGCGACGGGGCGAGAACGUGGUGCCUCUGGGCUCUCCUGGCGGCUUGUCUAGUGCUCCCCAGCGCCGUCAGGAGUACGAGUGGCCUUCAGGACACCUCUCAGACUAAUAAUGAAACAGAAGGAUCGGUAACAGUCGCCGCGAGGCAUGGGAGCAGAGUCCUUGGCGUCACACUCUUAAGAAACCCGGAACUGGAAGGGCCCUACACUGUGUGUGGAGGAAAAUAUCAACGGCAUCCCGAGUAACGACAGCAGCACCCAGCCGGUGGCCACACAAGCUGCACACAAGAAGCUCUCAGCCCGCCCCUAGAUGCCACCCCGGAUGCCGGCCUGGUGCACCCCCUCGUACGCCUCCUGG